AUGAGAUUCACUACCGUUGCUGCUACCACUGCUGUACUUGUCACUGCGCACGCCAACUUUGCCAUCGACAAAUCGGUCGGUGUCGGUCUCGGGGUUGGUCUUGGCGUGGGCAUUGAAAAGAACCUUGGUCUCGAGAAGGAUAAGCCGAAGCUUGGGCCAGGUCCAGUAUUGCUCACAAAGUCUACUACUUCCACGCCACCACCACCACCAUCAACAACAACAUCGACAACCCUUGAACCAGAGUCAACUGUUUACUCCACCACUCACGAAAUUGGCACAACUGUGAUUACGGUGACUUCAUGCUCGCAUGGCGGAUGUUCUUCUGUUCCUGUGACUACUGGGUAUGUCACUAUCACUGACGAAACGACUGAGUACACGACUUAUUGUCCAUUGACUGCUGCUGAAUCGUCAAGUACUCCAUCUUCGUCGUCCUUGGUUUCAUCAAGCAUUCCAUCUUCCUCGCCUUCAAGUGUGUGCAGCGAGACAACGGCCACAACAACCACAUCAUCAUCAUUAUCGGCCAGCUCUACUCCAAGCUCGUCCGUCCCAGCAACAUCGAGUUUUCCAUCAAGCUCCACUUCAAGCACAUUAGCCGCGGAAUCAACGACUUCUUCAUCGUGUUCUGAUUUCCCAACGAGCUCCACUCCAAGCUCAUCAGCUCCCGAAUCGACAACCACACCAACCAGCUCUGUUAGCUCAGUUAGCUCAGUUAGCUCAGCUCCAAGCUCGUUAGAACCUGAGUCUUCAGUCUACUCACCACCAUCCACCAUCACCACAGACGUCUAUCUCACAAGUACCGAAUCGACCUCAUGCGCCCCCUCCACCACGUUGGUCACGACCCCGUCUCCAUCUCCAUCCCCAUCAAAAGUCGCCGAUGAAAGCAGCUCCCUUCCCAGUGUCUCCGCCGACUCAGUGCCAUCUGUAUUCCAGGGAUCAGCUUCGAAUGUCAAGCCAUGGGUUAGCGUUUUGGCUCUCGCUGCUGCGUUCUUGAUGUAA